AGUACCCAGCCCCAUAGUCUCUUUAUAUAAUUAAACACUUCUUUGUGUGAUUAUGGCAAGCAGCAGUAGUGCUUCCUCGGUUGCACCAGUCGCCAACAGGCGGCUAGAUGGUAAAGUGGCAUUGAUCACCGGCGGCGCCAGUGGCAUUGGCGAAAUUACGGCGAGACUAUUCGUUAAACAUGGUGCCAGAGUCAUCAUCGCUGACAUCCAAGACACACUAGGCUAUUCAAUAUCCACCGAGAUAAGCGGGGGCGACCCCGCCAUCUGCUGCUAUGUCCACUGCGACGUGACCAUCGAUUCCGAUGUUCAGGCUGCAGUGGACCUCGCCGUCUCAAUGCACGGCAAGCUGGACGUGAUGUUCAGCAAUGCCGGCAUUGGAGGGAACCACGAAGUGUCCAUCCACGACAUCGAUCGGGACGACCUCCGCGGCGUGUUCGACGUGAACGUCUUCGGCGCUUUCUGGUGCGCGAAGCACGCCGCGAGGGUGAUGGCCCCGGCGAAGAAGGGGAGCAUCGUGUUCACCGCCAGUGCCGCCACCGUGUCAAGCGGGUACCUCCCGUACGCCUACAUGGCGUCGAAGCACGCGGUGGUGGGAUUGGCGAAGAACCUGGGGGUGGAGAUGGGGAAGCACGGGGUGAGAGUGAACUGCAUUUCCCCUACCUAUCUGGCGACGCCGUUGACGAUCGACAGGUUCGGCGGGGAUAAGGAUAGAGUGGAGGGGUUUAUGUGCGAAAUGGCGAACUUGAAAGGGGUGGUGCUGGAGGCGGAGGACGUGGCGGCGACGGCGGUGUUUCUUGGGAGCGACGACUCCAAGUAUAUUAGUGGGACUAAUCUUGUGAUUGAUGGUGGACUUUCUACUACUAAUUUUGCCACUUCAUUGUCCCUGGAUAAAUUAUCUUCUUCAUGAGGAUAUACGUCCCGUUUGGCAUCAGCAUUAGAGAUUAGCGUUAGCGUUUUGAAAAGGCUAUUCGAGGGUAGCUUACGUUAGCGUUAUCAGAAUAAACCUAUACCAUUCAAAUUUUAUCCAAAACGGUAACGCUAAUCGAAAACGUUGUUUCCAAACAACGUCAUAAUAUUAAUUACUCCGUAAUUUGUUUCUAUUUUAAUUAUUGGCUUAAAUAAUACGUUUGCAAUGAUAAUAAUUGAGGAUUUGUAAUGGGUUUUUCUCGUUGUAGUGUGAAAAUGUACCAAAGUCAUAUACUCCAUAUUACCAUCACAUCAUGCAUUUCAUUUGUGAUUGUGAACAAUUUG